AAAAGGUAAGUUUUAAACUGAGAUUAAAGUUAAUUUGCAUUAAUCGAUCGACAAUGUAAAUCGACCCCGCUUGACAACAUGUUUUUACAAAUAUGAUAAAUACGCAUAAAACGAUCGGUUACUUACACGGUCGCUUGCGAAAACGUGCCAGCAGAGGACAAACGACACGUAAUCUCGUUCGCCGCUCCGAUUGGCCCGUCACCGAUCGCGAGUGUCCCCUACUUCCGGCGCAUGUGCGACGACGAGGGCGAGACGACGUCAGCUGAUUACCACAAUUGAUACAUAAACAACGCGGUGGGUGACGAGCACUAAAUUGCCAUUUCGUUCGACACAAUUCGUCAGAUCAGGGAGAAGACACUCGAGAGGAGGAUCGAGUUUGGCUCCGCGAGGUAUUUGACUCCCCAGGAUACACGUCUCUCUUUGUCCGCGAGAAUCCACCUGCCGCUUUAAAAUCCACGUAGCCGCGACGAAAAAUGCGCCUGGCGGCUCUUCUGAGCGCGACAAUCCUUCUCUCGCUCUCCGCACGCUCGGCGAGCUCCUGGCGCGUCAAAACGAAACAAUUAUCGCCCGUUAUUUUAGUUCCAGGUGAUGGCGGCAGCCAAGUCGAGGCAAAGAUUAACAAGUCGUCGGUGGUGCAUUAUAUCUGCGAGAAAGUAUCCAACGAUUAUUUUAGCUUGUGGCUGAACAUGGAACUGCUUGUACCUGUCGUGAUAGACUGCUUUAUCGAUAAUCUUAAAUUGAAUUAUGACAAUGUGACCAGAACUACUAGUAAUCAGCCCGGAGUAGAUAUAAGGAUACCAGGAUGGGGCGAUCCGUUGGUGGUCGAGUAUAUAGAUCCCAGUAGGGCCUCGCCGGGCUCGUACUUCAAGGAUAUUGGAAAUAUGCUGGUGAGCGACUUGGGAUAUGUCAGGAAUCUAUCGCUGCGUGGGGCGCCUUAUGAUUUCAGGAAAGGACCCAGUGAGAACGAAGAAUUCUUCGCCAAGCUGAAGGAUCUGGUCGAGGAGACGUAUACAAUGAAUAAUAACACGCCAGUGACGUUACUGGCUCACAGUAUGGGCGGACCUAUGACUCUUAUAAUGUUACAACGUCAGAGUCAGAAAUGGAAGGAUAAAUACAUAAAUUCCUUGAUCACACUUAGUGCCGUGUGGGCAGGAUCUGUCAAGGCGAUCAAAGUGUUUGCCAUUGGAGAUGACUUGGGCGCAUAUUUUCUUCGUGAAAGUGUACUAAGAGACGAACAAAUAACGAGUCCAAGUCUGGGAUGGUUGUUACCCUCGAAACUAUUUUGGAAAGACACUGAGAUUUUGAUACAAUCGGAUCAGAAAAAUUACACAUUGAAUAAUUUGCAAGAAUAUUUUAUAGACAUAGACGUUUCCAACGCUUGGGAGUUCAGAAAAGACAAUGAGAAAUACCAAUUGGAUUUUACAGCUCCAGGUGUUGAAGUACAUUGUUUAUACGGCAGCAAAGUGAACACUGUAGAAAAGUUGUAUUAUAAGCCGGGUACAAGUGUAAAUGGUUAUCCUCAACUGAUAUUUGGGGAUGGCGACGGGACUGUGAACAUAAGGAGUUUGGAAGCGUGUACACAUUGGCAGAAGUCACAGAAACAAAAAAUUUAUAAUCAAGGUUUUCCUGGAGUAGAUCACACUGAAAUCUUGAGAAAUCCUGAUAUUUUAGCAUAUGUUAAGGCAGUUUUAAAAGUGUAACGUGGCUUUUAUUUAGUGAUACGAAAGGAUAUAACAGAUUAGCUAACAUCAUUAAAUUCUUUUAACAUUUUUUUACUUGAUAAUCUUGAUCUAUAGAUUAAGACUCAAGAUACAGUAUAAAAUGAUUUUAACAAGGUUGCGAAAUAAGGUUUUAUCAAUUUAAUGACGUAAUCUCAUCUAUAUUUUCAAUAAU